AUGAAACCUUCAGAAUUCGGCAACGAGUAUGUGAACAGAAAAGGAAAAACAACAAUAAACAUUCAGAUGACUUGUGACGCUAAUGAAAAAAUUACAAGUGUGGACGCUCGAUGGCCAGGGAGUGUACAUGAUGGCAGGAUUUGGCGAGUGAGUGGAAUUCAGGACGUGGUGCGCCGAUAUGAUGGUGAUGUUUGUCUCCUUGGUGAUAGCGGAUAUGGAAUUACUCCUUGGUUACUGACUCCUUUUGACGAACCAAGAAAUGCUCGUGAGAGGAAUUACAAUUCGACCCAUGCUCAGGAAAGAGUAAUAAUUGAACGAGUUUUUGGCCAGAUGAAACGUCGUUUUCCCAUACUCUCGAGCCAAGUUAGAAUAGCAGUCAAAAAUGUUCCCAAUUUGGUAAUAAGUUGUGCAGUGGGAAGUGGAAGACGGAAUCGAAAAUGGUGUGGCUGA